AUGGCUCGCGCUCUGCUUUUCUAUGGGCUCCUAGCGGGGACGAUGAUGCUCAUGGCUAUGGGAUUGUUUGGCAAAGAUGAGAGGAGGCUAAAAUACCGAAUUUUUCAUGAGGUUGCGGUUCAGGCUAACAACAAAGUCGUUGACCCGAUAUCCGUUUCCCAGUUAGCCGAGGCAAAGAAGAGGAUAGUUAGCGCCGAGUUAAGCCCGGAAAUGAUGUCCAUGGACCGCCUGCAAAGUCACCUAUUGGAGAUUUGCGACAUGAUCAAAAGAGAUCCUUGUGAGAUUCUGCAGGCCGAAUCGUGCCCCUCCUGGAGACCAGGUUGUUACAACCGACCGCCAGCGGAAAUAUGCCCUCCUUGGAAACCGGAGUGCAAUGUUCCCAUCCCGGAAAAGAAGUGUUGGCUUGACCCAGGUGAGCACUGCCCGUUGCCCUUAGGAGCAUAUUGCAAAGGAAGUGGCUGGUGUAAGCCAGGAAGCAGUUGCCCUCCUCUCCCAUCAUCACCGCAAGGCCAGGAGUCCACAAAAGCGACAGAAAUUAAAACUACAGAAAUUCCGAUCACUUUUAUUUCCACGGAAACAACUUCUAUGAGGGUCAUUCCAACCGAAAGGACAACUACGAAAAUUACUCCCACGGAAACAUCUUCUACAAAGGCCAUUCCAACCGAAAGGACAACUACGAAAGUUAUUCCAAAUAGCUCAACUGCAAAGAACAGUGAGCCCGGCGAGUGUGGAAGACCAGGAGCACCAGGUGGACCAAAUGGUCCAGGCGGUCCGAUGGGUCCAGGUGGGCCUGGUGGUCCCAUGGGGCCUGGCGGUCCCGGAGGCCCUGGUGGACCUGGCGGGCCCGGAAUGCCUUGGGGUCCUGGAGGACCUGGUGGGCCUGGUGGUCCAGAUGGACCCGGUGGUCCGGGUGGACCCGGGGGACCGGGCGGCCCGGGAGGACCUGGAGGACCAUGCAGGUGGGGAUGUGAAAAGAUAGGAAAAAAGAAACCUCCAAAGCGAAAAUGUUGCAAACCAAAACAUGGUAGUCACCGGCAUAGAGUUCACUUACCAAAAGGUCCGCAUGGACAGGAGCACCUGACAAAGCGGACCUCCAAUGUUAAAGGCGGUAUACCAGAUCCUGCAAAAUAUGACGAUGCUGGACGGGCUACGACUUUUGGCAGAAGCUAUCCAGGAAGAAAGUCGCCGAAGAUGGACAUGUCUGACCAUAAGAAGGGAUCCGUUGUUCACUCAAGAACAUUCCUAGGUGGCAUGAACUGGAAAAUUCCAAGCCACAAAAAAAUUGAUUUGACGAUAUUCAGAAAAACAGCUGACAAAUGCAUCGUGGCACAUGUUCUUAAGUCGUUCAAUGAGGAAGUUAAAAGAAGAUAG